UGGGUGAAAUCUGAAAAUGGAGAAGGGGGAGAUAUGGGUUGAAGAUGAAGGUGAAGGCGGGUCUUCUUCCUAUCCCAACAACUUGAUGAUCAGGAGCAGUGUAAGUGAGAUUAUAGAAGAGGAGUUUGAUGAUCAUAGCAGAGAUAAGAUCCUUGGCACAAUCAAGGAAGAAUCUCAGACGACCGGUACCGGUGGUGGUGUUAGUCAAGAUUAUGAUGAUGACAGCGUUUACGUUGCAAUUGAGAAGAAUGAUUCAAGCAUGGAUGCUCUCAAGUGGGCCUUAAAGCACUCCCUCAAGCCCUCUUCCUCUGUCUUUCUCAUUCAUGUCUUCCCGGAGGUUCACCACAUUCCCACUCCCUUGGGGAAGUUUCCGAAGAGCCAAGUGAGCCCAGAGCAGUUGGAGAGUUACAUGAACCAAGAAAGGAGCAAGAGAAGGGACCUCCUUGUGAAGUUCUUGAAUCUCUGCUCUGCUUCUCAGGUGAGAGUAGAUACCAUAUUGAUAGAGAGUGAUCUUACAGCAAAGGCAGUGCUAGAACUCAUUCCUGUUCUCAACAUAAAAACGCUUGUAAUUGGCACCGCCAAAUCCAGCCUUAGAAAAGGGAGGAGGAAAGGAAUCGCUGAUGAAAUACAGAGGGAGGCACCGGAGUUCUGUGAGGUUAAGAUCAUAUGUGAAGGCAAAGACGUCAGUCGACAGAUGAUGUUAAUGGCGACUACGCCCACCACCGUGGCUUCCCCUGCCCAUUCUCCGCGUACACCGACCCAUGAUGAUCAUGAUGAGGAAGAAGUCCACGGUCGUCUGGAUGAAAAUGAGGAAACAAUUAAUCCAAGAACACCGAAACAGGGUUCACACUUGGGUUAUAAAAAUGGUAAUAAUAAGAACAGGGAAAUGGAUAAUUCAUUUUCCUCUUGUAGCUGCUUCUUUUCUAGGUUCACAUAAUGGGUUGGACUGUUGACUGUUGACUGUUGUAAGCAUUGU